AGCCGAACUGACCAACUGACAACCACCCACAGUCCGUAAGCUUGCACCGGUUUAUUCGUGCGGGUCACCUAAACCGGUCCACCUUCGACUUCGGCCCGAACUUGAUACCGGAGCAGCUAUGGAAACCGUCACCAUCCGCGUACUUCGCACUCGUACAAUUAACAAUUCUGUUAACUUUUAAGUUUUGAAAAAAAUUCCUUUGGCUUUGUUCAUUUUCAUCGCAAAUAGUUUUUGAUGGCAAUCUAACCUAGGUUUGUGUAGUUCUCUGCGGCCUGUCGGAUUCAUCGUGCUAAUCCUAAGCACUGCUCGCCUUCAUGUCGUACCGUGUAAAAUCGCUGUAGAUACGAAGAAUGAGCGUCGUCUUCCGCAGCCUGCUCCUGCCCCUUCGCGCCCCCCUACCGCCCCUUUCCACCCCCGCGCUAUCCUUCCACACCAGCCCAUCCCUCAGCAGUCCCCGUUGGCGCAAAUACCGCUGGACGCCGUGGCCGUGGCACGUCGGUCUGAAGUGCCGUCGCAAUCCCUUCCCCAAGAAUCGUCACGGCUACAUGCGUCUGCGCCGCGAACCCUGCCGUCCGGGGGCCCACCCCGGCCAGAUCACCGGGCCCUACUGUCAGACGCCGCUGACGGCCGGCUUCACCGUCCCGGCAGUGCUGUAUGAGGAGGCGGGGAAGAUUCUGCGACUGCUGGUGCGCCAGUGCGAAGUCUACGCGGUGCAGCGAGCGCGGCGAGCUCGUGAGUUGUUGCGCAUGUACGGCGGGGGCUACUAUCGGCGCAUACUGGGUGGGAUGCUGAUGGGCAUGGCGGACAAGGCCCAGGGGAAUGUCUCGCGGAGUCUGCUGGCAUUUGCGGGGUUCGUGGUCUUCGGGAUGGAUAAGCGGAACCUUGUCAUCACCGAAACCGAGCUUGAAAAAUGCUUUGAGGAGCUGGGCCAGUGGUCCACACUGGUGCGGGAGAACCAAACGGAGAACUUGUCGGAGUGGGAGAGCGUGGCUAAGCAUCCCAGUUGUCACGUGUGGCAGCGCCUGUCCCCCAGUCCGGUGGCCAACAACCGGCCUUCCGCUGGUAGCAGCAGCGCCGAGUACCGGGCGCUGGGCACCAUGCCCGAUAUCCCCGCGCGCAUCUUCUACAAGACCCAACUGGACCUGCACUACCGCAAGCAGUGGGACAAGCUGGUCAUCAAGCUGGAGGUCAUCGACGCCGACGAGCAGACCGGCACGGAGACGCUGCAGUGGGUCUCGCAGUUUCCUUUCCCGUUCAGUCCACGCGAAUACGUGUAUCAGCGCCGUCAUAAGUUGGACGAGCAGCGCAACGCCAUUCUUGUCAUCUCCAAAUCCUGUGACCACCCGAAGUGUCCGCCAACGUCGAGUUACGUCCGUGUCAGCGGCUACUAUUCCGCGCUCCUCAUCAAGCCCCAUAGAAAUUUCGACGAGAAUGGCUUCGACUACGUUCUGAGCUAUUUGGACGAUCCGCAGACCUUCUUGCCCAAGAUGGCCGUUCAGUACGCCGCCAAAUCCAGUCUGCCGGAUUUUAUGAACAAACUCCACGAAGCCGCUCGAGUUAUGCUCAACCGGAAGCGAAAGGCCACGCCCCCGUCAUCCUCGGUGGUCGCUCACUCGCGGCCCCACCUGGACGCGGAGCAGCCUGCUCCCGUGGCCGAUGUCCCGCCCGUCAGUCCUGUCACUCCCAGUGAGGCGCUGACGCCUGAGACGCCGGCGGUGAAAGUAGCCUUGGGGCGCCCGACGCCCUGACUGGCGGAGGCCGCCUUCGAGGACUGGGAGGAGGUGCUCCUGACGUCGGCCUUCUUUUGACCUAAGUGCCUUGGAGGCGGUAGCGACCGGUGCAUUGAUGUGCAAGGGAUGGAGACUAAUGUUGGUGCGUCCUUUGUAAGGAUGGAUUUAUUUUUGUUGGGCGUUUUAUUGUUGUUCGAUGUGUUUCAUUCGUGGAUUUUUAUGGUAUUUUUGCAGACAUUAACAAAUCAGGAGUGUAAAAAACUGGAUUUAUUA